GAUCAGAAGGGCGUCUACAGCUGUCCUCAGUGCAGAGACACUUUCACUCCGAGGCCUGUUCUACGCAGAAACAACAUGCUGGCUGAAGUGGUGGAGAAACUGAAGAAGACUGAAGUCCAAGCUGCUUCUCCUGCUCACUGUUACGCUGGACCUGGAGAUGUGGAGUGUGAUUUCUGCGCCCAGAUGAAACAUAAAGCCGUCAAGUCCUGUCUGAUGUGUCUGGCUUCUUACUGUGAAAUUCAUCUGAAACCUCAUCUAGAAAUUCCUGCUUUGAAAAAACACACAUUAAUCGAAGCUUCUGCAAAGCUACAAGAGAAGAUCUGCUCUGAACAUAACAAGCCGAUCGAGAUCUACUGUCGUAGCGAUCAGACCUGCAUCUGUUACUUGUGUACGAUGGAUAAUCACAAAGGACACGACACCGUCACAGUCACAGCAGAAAGAGCCGAGAAACAGAGAGAGUUAAAGGAGGAGCAGAUGAAAUCCCAGCAGAGAAUCCAGGAGAAGCAGAAGAAGCUGCAGGAGCUGAAACAGACUGUGAACACUAUAAAGCUCGGUGCACAGACAGCAGUGGAGGACAGUGAGAGGAUCUUUACUGAGAUGAUCGGCUCCAUGGAGAAAAGGCGCUCGGAGGUGACGGAGCUGAUCAGAGCUCAGGAGAAGGCCGAACUGAGUCGAGCUGAACGACUCCUGGAGCAACUGGAGCAGGAGAUCGCUGAUCUUCAGAGGAGAGUCACUGAGCUGGAGCAGCUUUCACACACACACGAUCACCUCCACUUCCUCCAGGAUUUAGCUUCUCGACGUCGGUCUCCUCCAUUAGACAGAGCAGAUUUUCAGACAUCCAGCAUCACUGACCUUCAACAUCUCUCAUUUGAUGGCGUGAGGAAUUCUCUCUCGGACCUGAAGAAGAGACUCGAGGAAUUCUGUGAGGAGGAAUUCAACAAAAUCCUUCCACAUGCUGCAGCAGUUCAGAUCAUUUCACCAUCAGAGCCACAGACCAGAGAAGACUUUCUGAAAUAUUUACACGCUCUGACUCUGGAUCCCAACACGGCACAGCCUUGUCUCAUUCUGUCUGAGAAGAACAGAGCUGUGAGGUACCGUGAGAAAGAGCGGAACUACCCCGAUUAUCCAGAGAGAUUUGACUCCUGGCUUCAGGUGUUGAGUAAGGAGAGUGUGUGUGGACGCUGUUACUGGGAGGUGGAGAGGAGCGGUGCUGAUAGUGUGUACAUAUCAGUCUCAUAUAAAGACAUCAGCAGGAAAGGACGGGGUAAUGAGUGUGCAUUUGGACGCAACAAUCAGUCCUGGAGUCUGCGGUGUUCUUCUUCUUCUCUCACUUUCUGGCACAACAACAUUAAGACUGAUCUCAGAGUUCCAUCAUCCUCCAGAAUAGGAGUGUAUGUGGAUGACACUAGAGAACAUGACACUAGAGAACUUGCUGGGGAAAAACAUCUGGAAAAGUUCACCAUCCCCUAAUAAAUUAUCUGAAAGUUACAGGGAUAAGUGAGAGACUUUAGUAAUUUAGUAUGAAUAUCUAGUAUUUAUUUGUUUGUUUAUUUAUUUAUUGUUACUUUUUUCCGCUGAAAAAUCCGAUGCCCACCGUCCAGUCCAGUAGGUGGCGGUAAUGCACCUUAUGAUAGUUUCUCAACUGCCUUUAAAACACAAAGAAGAAGAAGAGGACACACACACACACACACACACACACACACACACACACACUAUCGCGCGCGAGAGAGAGAGAGAGAGAGAGAGAGAAAAGCUAAACAAAACAAAUCAUGACACUAGAGAACUUGAUGGGGGGGGAAAAGUGCACCGUCCCCUAAUAAAUUAUGUGAAAAUUACUAGGAUCAGUGAGAGACUUUAGUAAUUUACUAUGAAUAUCUAGUAUAUAAUUAUUUAUUAAUUUAUUAUGUAUUUAUUAUUGUUAUUAUUAUUACUUUUCUUCAUGCCAAUUUGCUGCCCAUCCUCCAAUCCACCAGGUGGCGGUAAUGCACCUUCAGUUGGUUUGCCAACCGCCAUUAAAACCAAAAGAAGACGGAGAAGAAGACGGAAAGCGCACGUGCGAGAGAGGGAGAAAAUGGAGGAGAAAUAAAGAGUAUAACCCAGAAGAAGAGUUGAGUUUUAUUUAAACCGGUUUUGGAGUGUAAACACACUGUUUAUGUUGAAGGCACCUUUCAGCGCGACAGUGACCCAUAUUGAGCGGGUUCUCUCCUGGGAACUCGGUCUUAUUUGAGCAGACAGGUUUCCUCUGAAUAAAGAGGUCGUGUGAGAUGUUUGUGGAGGAACAGAGUCUUCAGGAAGCGUUUAUCCACCUGGAGGAGAUGUUCUUCUCUUCGUUCCGAAGAGUGAACGAAGAGUGAACUUCAGAAGACUGAAGUCCAAGCUGCUUCUCCUGCUCACUGUUAUGCUGGACCUGGAGAUGUGGAGUGUGAUUUCUGCACCGGGAGAAAACACAAAGCCGUCAAGUCCUGUCUGAUGUGUCUGGCCUCAUUUUGUGAAACUCAUCUGAAACCUCACUAUGAAGUUCCUUCCUGGAAAAAACACACAUUAAUCGAAGCCUCAAAACGGCUACAAGAGAAGAUCUGCUCUCAACAUAACAAGCUGAUGGAGAUCGUAGCGAUCAGACCUACAUCUGUUACUUGUGUAUGAUGGAUAAUCACAAAGGACACGACACCGUCACAGUCACAGCAGAAAGAGCUGAGAAACAGAGAGAGUUAAAGGAGGAGCAGAUGAAAUCCCAGCAGAGAAUCCAGGAGAAGCAGAAGAAGGUGCAGGAGCUGAAACAGGCUGUGAACACUAUAAAGCUCAGUGCACAGACAGCAGUGGAGGACAGUGAGAGGAUCUUUACUGAGAUGAUCAGCUCCAUGGAGAAAAGGCGCUCGGAGGUGAUGGAGCUGAUCAGAGCUCAGGAGAAGGCU